UUCCCAGAGCUGAAGAUCGCACGCGAUCGCAACGUACGUUUUGUAAAAGUUAAAUCACGCAUCAUUCGAUGCAUUGUGCCCGGUGGAAAGAAAGAGACACAGCAUCCCACUAAUAGAUCGAUCCGAUAUUGAGUUCAAGCGUCAAAAGGAAGUUGGACGUCACGUGAUAAAGUGCGUGAGUUCUGUGUGUGUGUGUGUGUAUACAUGAUAAACGUAAACGAAAAGUGAAGCACAAAUCAUGAUUUCGGAACUGUUUCAAACGAUGCACAAGGCCCGCUUCAGUGGCAUCCGGAUCGUGCCGGAAAACUCGCCCUCGCUGCAGCAAUCGUGCGUACGUGCGUUUGUGGAGGGUGUGCUGCGGAAGACGAACAACGGUGACAGUGCGGAACGGUUGAUGCAGCUGCAGUUUCUACCGGCACCGUUGCUAACACCGAUCCUCGAUCGUAUGUGCCGCUAUCCGGAGUUGCGCGACAUGCUGCGUGAUGAGCUCACCGAUCCGGUGGUGUUUAUGAAGCUGUUCAACGGUUACGUGCCGGACUACGAUACGCUGGAGAAGUGUCUGCGGGAGGCUGCCCAUUCCCGUGGCCGACCGGCGGUCCUGCGGGACCUUGCCAACAACUACUGUGAUACGUUGCGCACCGAGCUGCGGCUGGUGUUGCACAAAGCUGAACCUCAGAACCAGUCGAAGAUCAGGGCGCGGGUGCUGGAAUCGCUGCGCUUCGGUGACUACCUGUACGAGGCGGGCUGGUGCCGUUGUGGCGCAGAGGUGCUAACGCUCACCAACGAGUUGCUCGCGCUACUACCCCCACCGGGACGGGCACUGCAGAUGGAGUGUCUGGCGAGGCUGCUGCGUGCCCAGAUCGGUGCCUGUCUGACCUCGCGGGCAGCACACACCGUACAGCGGCUGCUCGCGUUCGUCGAGAUGCCGGCCGGCGAGUCCGGUGCGGCGCUCCUCCCUCUAGUCAAGGCUUACCUGCAGCUCGGCAGCUACUACUACCAUGUGCAGGAUUACGACCGCUGCCAUCAGUGGGCACUGCGUGCGCUCGCCUCCGCUGCGGACGGUGACGCACCGGCACAGGGUGACGUCAUCGAUGUGCUGCAGCUGAUUGCGCUGUUCUGCAUCGCGAAGGAGCGCCACGACCUUGGCAACAUGCUGAUCAGCCAGGCGGUGCAACGGGCGCGCACCGUGUACGGAAGUCUCCAUCGCAAGUACGCGGACGUCCUUCAGCAGUACGGGUUCGUGCUGCUGCGCAUGAAUGCCAUCCUGCCCGCCAUCACCGCGUUCACCGAGUGUCUCGACGUAACUGGGCGCGUAUACGGACUGCUCAGCCCGCACGCCGUCGUCCUCGAGGGCUAUCUGGCGCACUGCCUGUAUCUGCGCUCGCACACGACCGGUCGAUUCGAUAUGGCGCUACGGCAUGCUGAAACCGCGCUGGAUUUGGCCCACCAACUGAUGCCGACAAGCCGGCGCGUUCACCAGCAGCUGAAACAUACGCGCGAUGUUAUCCUGCGCGGUCCGGAUCAUCGGCGGGACACCAAAGAGAGUCAACCGUCGCGCGAACGCGACUUCCAUCCCUUUUCCCUGCGCGAGAUCAAAGAGAAGUUCUUCGAGCUGGACUCGUCCUUCGAGCGUGAUGGGCUCGCGUGCAGUGGAUAGAUUACACACCUGGCUGUCGAAUUUUGCAACCCUCCCCGCCCUCCCUUUUCUUCAAGACUAUAGGCUAAAGUUGGUUUAAGUGUCCCACGUGUCGAAGAGUAAGCAUGUAAGAGAUUUUGUGCCGCGUCACUAGUAGCACACCCUCCAGCAGCGUGCAGUGACCGCAAAAGGUCAUGCGCGCGAGGCUACAAAAGAUUCGUCGAUUUUAAGAUGAAAAUAAAAGCUUUUUUUUGUUUCUCUUUCAAUAUU